UGAAUCAUUGCUUUCGAGGAGGAGUCGAACAGAAUACACCGUUCUCACCCAAACCGACAUACAUUGUAGCUCAUCAUUAUCACAGGUUAGUCCUUACGGCCAGAGUAGCACAGACACAGUUCUUAUAGUUCUUAGCUGGGCUGUUGGCUUUUUAAAGAAAAGAGCCUGUAGGCGGAUAAAAAGAACCUGUAGACGACAUUGCACCUGAACGCCAGUGAUAGAAAGUUUCGCAGCUGGAGAGUUUGGGACCCACAUCCAAAGUUUGAAAACCGCAGACCGAGAGUGAAGCGCGCACAUGGCUGCACUGAUUAGCGCUUAUUCCUCAUGGCCGGAGAGCUUUGAAUGCUCUGCGGGAGAUGGGGAUGUAUCCGACGGACACACCUCCCACAGAACUCCUGCAGACAAGACAUCGGAGCCGCGCAUAAGGAGACCUAUGAACGCUUUCAUGGUCUGGGCCAAAGAUGAGCGCAAGAGGCUUGCGGUUCAAAAUCCAGACCUCCACAAUGCGGAGCUAAGCAAAAUGUUGGGUAAGUCAUGGAAGGCCCUGACUCCCUCGCAGAAAAGACCAUAUGUGGAGGAAGCAGAGAGGCUGCGGGUACAACACAUGCAGGACUACCCCAACUACAAGUACCGUCCCCGCAGAAAGAAGCAGCUGAAGCGUAUCUGCAAGCGCGUGGACCCCGGCUUCCUGCUGAAUGGCCUCGGCCCUGACCAGGGCUCUCUGCCGGACCCGCGUGGCUGCUGUCACCCCAUGGAUAAAGAAGAUGAGAGCAGAGUUGGCAGCGGCGGCUUUUCCUCCCCGAGUGCAGCUCUUCCUGGAGUGAGAGUCUUCAGGGACCCGUCCGGCUCCAGCAGUAGUUUCGACACCUAUCCCUACGGCUUGCCCACGCCGCCUGAGAUGUCACCCCUCGAUGCAGUGGACCACGAGCAUGCCUCCUACUACUCACCUUCCAGCUCCAUCCCCACCAGCUCCUGCUCAUCCUCUUCCUCCUGCCCAGAGGACCGACGUCCCACCCCGGCUCACAUGAGCAGCCCUCCCCCAUACCAUCCUGAAUACUCCCAUCAGGCAUCUCUCCACUGUGGUAGCUCUCAUCUCGGCCACAUGCCCAUGUCUCACCAAGGCAGCGGGCCUGCCCUCAUACCCACUCCUACACUCUCCUACUACAGCACUUCCUUCUCUCAGGUCCCGGUGCACCACAGUCUCCAGGGCCACUUAGGCCAGCUUUCUCCCCCACCUGAGCAGGGCCACCUGGAGAGCUUGGACCAGUUGAGUCAGGCUGAAUUGUUGGGCGAGGUGGACCGGGAUGAGUUUGAUCAGUACCUGAAUUCCACCACCUAUCACCCUGAACAGGGCGGCAUGACCGUGACGGGACACAUUCAGGUAACGGCAACAUCCACCUGCCCUAGCAGCACCACGGAAAGCAGUCUCAUUUCUGUACUGGCUGACGCAACGGCUGCCUACUACAACAACUACAGCAUUUCUUAAAGAAUAAAGCAAAGCAAAUGACAAUGUGUGUGGCCGGGGACGGUGGGCUGUAAAUGUGUCAGCGGUGUGACAGGCAGGUAAACAAAGGAGACGUGAAGUAGGGGAGGUAAGCGAAGCCACAGGAAGUUAAUGGACACAGGAAGUUAAUGGACACCUCAGGGAUGCAUAGAUAAAGCUCAUUCCCAUCUUUGUUUCCAAAAAGAGAGGAAGAGAAUAAAAAAGCAACUAGACAAACUUUUAGUCCUGCUGAAAUGUUUUCAAACAUGGCCAUAGAUGCUUGUAUAUUUGCUCUAUAGCUUAUUUAUGUAUCUAUUUUUUUGCAUUAAUCCAUAUUGUAUUGCUGUUUCAGUCCUAAUAAUCAUGUCUGUCAUGAACCUCAGUUGUUUUACCUCAAGACACUGUAUUUAAAUGAGGCUGGACUCUUCUGCAAAUCUUCCAUAAGGACAUUGUGUAUCAUGAAGAAAAUUCUGCAGUCUCCUUUUUCUAUCCACAUCCAUAUGAAUAUAUAUUGUAAUCAUUAGUUGUUACCAAGAAAAUAAUAAUGAUGAAUAUUAUUGUAUGCUGAUUUAGGUUUGUGACAUUAAUUUUAUUUAAAAUGAAAAUACCAAAUUUCAACUUUGAUAUCUUCACAGAUAUUGAUGUCAUAUGAAUAACCAUAGCUCAGAGACAAAGUUGAUAUAUAUUGAUCAGACUAUAUGAAUGAUUACUAUGAAGGACCAUGCGUUGGCAUUUUUCCUUGAUCUGUAUUGUGUAUGUCCAAACACGCACAGAGUGAUGUCUGUUGUUUUGGCCAACCUGAAAAAAAUGCUUUGUAGACACUCUUUAUCAUUUUGUGAAAUAUUAAACUGAAUGUUCUGAGAAGCCCACUGAAACAGGCACCAGUAAAUAAAAGCAACAUUUAAACACA